ACCACAGAAAUUUUAUUAUUGGCUUGAGUGUUGGGAUUCCUGCCUUCCUAUUAUUAUGUGUAUGCAUCACUGUGACAAUCUGCUGCUUCACCACAAAAAAGAAACGUGAGAAAGAAAAGGAGCCCCAAAUACCUUUACAUGAUGUGAAAGUCUAUAGAAAAAAAAGGUCAGUUUAAAAUGCAAGAUUGAAUUGAGAUAAAUAAAUAUAGCUUAUCAGUGUUGUGCUCAGAAUAUUUAUCAAAAUUUGAAUUAAAUAUGGUUGAUGGAAGGAGGUCUAAAAAGCAAGUGGCACACCAAUAAUGGAAAGUGUAAGAGUGGUAUUUUGGAAAUAGAUUCUUAGAACAUUGUGUCAAACUCUAUUUUGUUUGAAAUUUUUAUCCAAAAUGUGUUUUUCUUAGGAUUUUGUUCAUUUGUUUGUAUGGAGAAUAAGUUUGGGCUAGCCAUUGUCCAAGCCAUUAACAUGAAACAGAAUUAUUGUAAACUCUAAAAUCUAAGUAAAUAUAGAUAUCCAGUAACAAGACCAAAAAAAAGAAAAGGAAAAAAAAAAAAAAUCUACACUUAGUGACUAGUUAAAGUUAAUUAAAAUUGUUAUUUUAUUUUGAGACAAAAAGUGUAAAAAGUUUAUUUUUAGUCUUUGAGCUAAUUAAUAUGUAGAACCAGUUAGCUUUGAAUAUAGAAUUAUUUACUAAAAGAAGGCGUGAGGAUAGACGGUUGAAAGAUCUGAGGGGGUGUAUGUAUUGGGGUUAGGAGUAACUGAACAGAUUAGACAAGUGUUUUUAAAAUAUCUGCCGAUCAUUGAAGAUAACUUAUUUUGAAAUAAGUUGUCUAGGAAAACACCAGAUUUGUUAAAAAGUCUGAGCCAUGAGUAUAGUAUACAUUUUGAGCAAGAGUUGGACGUAGUGUAUAUAAAAAAAAUUGGAUUUUCGCAACAUGGCAUUGAGUUUUUUCCAUCAAAUUGUUUCCUGAAUAACACAACAAGAACACAGCACACCUGCAACUAAAACUAACAUGUCAAAUAAACCAAAUUUGACACUGAGCAAAUAUAAAUUACUUAUUUGACGUUCAAAAAAUUUGAUUAACAUAGAUUUAAAACUUCCAAACAUCUAAAAGUUCUUGAGAGUAUGAAAUUACCUUUUUUUAUAUUUUUGUUUCAGUAAAUUGAAAAAUUAUAAAGCAUCCUCACCUAAUGGCUCAAAGAGACCUUCAAAUAAAAAACAAAACAAGCCCAGAUUCAUUCCUGACAAGGAAAGCCUUUGGGUCACAAGUAAGAUUUUUUUAUGUACUUACUUUUAGGUCAACGUUAGCACCUUUUUAAAUGCCACAUGUGUGCCAAAAAAUAUCUUUUACCAACGGCUAAACAUACAUUAAUGAGAAAAGCCUCCAUGCAUUCUUCUUUUAAUCAAUAUUAAAAUUUGUCUUCUUACAUGGAUGUUUAAUGCAUAUUUAUGUUGCGCUACCUCAUUCUAAAAAAAAAAAAAUUAUGUUUUUAUGAAUCAAAAUUGGCCAAUUUAUAUUAAAGUAUAUAUAUUUAUAUCAAUAAAAUUUAUCUAUUUAUAUUAAUCAAAGUAGGUCUAUUUAUAUGAGACAAGGGACAUGCAUGGUACCUGCGGGAAUAAAAAUAGCAUGUACAGGGCAGCCAACUGUGACACUUCACUGUUGGAAGUAAAGGCAGAGACAGGGUAGGGAUCAUGAUUACAAGUUGCCCUUGAUGGAUAUGAGGCAAGAGGCGAAGGUGGAAACCUCUAGCCGAUAAUUCUAUUUACCCAGCCCUGAGAAAGUUGCUCCUAGGCAACAGUUUUGUCCCAGCUACUUUGCAAACUAGUUGCGAGGUAAAAACCCACUGUAGAAACCCUCUUCCCCGGGAUGGGUGGGGGAAGAUAGUAGGACAUAAAUUUACGAUCCCGGCUCAUAGGAAGGUUGAUCGUGUGUACUGUAUGUACAGUGUUGGACCGACCGGGUGUCCUUGGAUUGGGGCGGGUCCCAGUGGAACCCGAUCGAGCAGAAUUGGGUGGGGGCUGUCCUGGUAAAGGGACAUCUCCAGCAGCGUGUGCUUUGCGGCCCGAUACUUAGGCUUAAAGGGGUGGGGGGGGGUAAUACUUUAGAGAGGGCAUAAAGAGCACUAGCCCACUGAUGGCAUUUCUUUAUGUGCUUUAUACACGAGCAGAAUUGGGUGGGGGCUGUCCUGGUAAAGGGACAUCUCCAGCAGCGUGUGCUUUGCGGCCCGAUACUUAGGCUUAAAGGGGUGGGGGGGGGGUAAUACUUUAGAGAGGGCAUAAAGAGCACUAGCCCACUGAUGGCAUUUCUUUAUGUGCUUUAUACACACACACACACACACACAUAUAUAUAUAUAUAUAUAUAUAUAUAUAUGAAUCAAGGUAGGCCUCAUUGUUAGUAUUAAAUAUUGUUUAUAACAUAAUUGAUCUAAGUUGUAUGUGUAUAUGUCAAAAUAUAGAACACAUCUCUAUCAUACCUGGUAGAUUUUUAUUUUUCACCCUGCCAUAAUAUAUUUCAUGAAUUCAAAUACUUAGGAAUUACUGUAACUUCAAACAGCAGCUACUAAAAAAAAUUAAGUAAUAUUGCUUAGCACACCAAAUUAAGAGAAUUUAUUUUCAUAACUCAUUAAUAAUCUGCUCCCUGGUUAUUGUAAUAAAAUGCUAAUACAGUGCUAUUUAAGCCUCUUUGGAAAGUAAACAAAGAAAAAACUUAAGGCAGAUUUUUUCUACAAUAAUUUCUCAAUGCUUGAUAAUCCAAUACUAUUACUAGCUUAUAAUCAUUAUGCCUUUAAAACAUCUUGAACUAAUUAUUCAGUUUUAUUUCCUUUCAAGAAUAUAUUUUAUAUACUGAACUAUGUAAUUUCCACAGAUGGUGACAUGCAACACUAUUCAACAAGAACAAAUAGACCAGAUCCUCAAUGGCGAAAUAACCCUCAAACACAUAAUAGAUAUCAAGGUAUGAAAUAAUAAUAUUGCUAUGUAAUUUUUAAAAAAAAAUUAUUUAGGUUUAAUUUAAUUGUCUAAAGUUAUCUUUUUGCACUGUGUUACUCUUAAAACAGGGUCAUGUUUUUUUUUUGCUGCAGAUAUUCAAUAAAUUUUUUUUUUCAGACACUGAAUAUCAGAAACCUAUGCCAGGGAGAUACUAUAACGAGCCAUAUCCAGAUUACAUGUAGGGGGCUACAACCUGGAAACAGACAUUGUAAACAAUAAAGGUCACACAGUGGCCAAUACAUCAACUAACUUAAACCUUAACGAGCUACUUCUCUGUAGUUACAUGCACUGAACAUUCACAUCUAUACAUAUAAAUAAAUAUAUAUAUUUAUUUAUUUAUUAAUAUUAACUUAUGUACAGAGAGAGAGAGAGCAAGUAGGUUUUUUUUAAUGUAAAUUUAUUUCAAGCUAUUUCCAAGGAUGUCAGUUUGAAAAGUGUUGCAUUCAUUUGAAGAAAAAAUCACUUUCUAAAUAAAAUAAAAAUCAUUAUUCCCUUUCUCAUAACCCACAAUAUCUUUAGAAUAUAAUGGUAUUUUUUGACCUCCUCAACUAUACACAUGAGUUAAUCCAAAUUGGAAAUCAUGUAUCUUGCUAUCUUUUCUGCUGGGUUGCAUGAAACAAUCAAUAUGUGUUGAAAUGCAAUUUAUUUUGAAAAAAACAUGUGAUUUCAAACCUGACAUUGUUCAUUAUUUUAAGAUAUUUGACUACAAAGAUUGAGUUAUAUUUCAAAAUCUGUUAGAUCUUACCUGUUUGAAAAUGUUUUUAAUUUUUGUUAUAUAUUAUUAUCUGAAUAAAGACAGUGUCUCAAGU